UGGGAUACCAAAUAUGGACAUUUGGCAGGGUAUAAAUUGGCCCGACGUGACAAUUCGGCACCCCUGGUUUACACACUGACUGAAGUCUGGCGCCUGGUGCUGAUCUGAGCUGAGCGGACACCAUGUGCGACGACGAAGAGACUACCGCCCUGGUGUGUGAUAACGGUUCCGGCCUGGUGAAGGCUGGGUUCGCCGGCGAUGACGCACCUCGCGCCGUCUUCCCUUCCAUAGUUGGUCGCCCCCGUCACCAGGGCGUCAUGGUUGGUAUGGGCCAGAAGGACUCCUACGUCGGUGACGAGGCCCAGAGCAAAAGAGGCAUCCUGACCCUGAAGUACCCCAUCGAGCACGGCAUCAUCACCAACUGGGACGACAUGGAGAAGAUCUGGCACCACACCUUCUACAACGAGCUGCGCGUGGCCCCGGAGGAGCACCCCACCCUGCUGACAGAAGCCCCCCUCAACCCAAAAGCCAACAGAGAAAAGAUGACCCAGAUUAUGUUCGAGACUUUUAAUGUCCCCGCAAUGUACGUGGCUAUCCAGGCCGUGCUGUCUCUGUACGCCUCUGGACGUACCACAGGUAUUGUCCUGGAUUCCGGUGACGGUGUGACCCAUAACGUGCCCAUCUAUGAGGGUUACGCUCUUCCUCACGCCAUUAUGCGUUUGGAUUUGGCCGGUCGUGACCUCACAGAUUACCUCAUGAAGAUUCUAACUGAACGUGGAUACUCUUUUGUCACAACUGCUGAGCGCGAGAUCGUGCGUGACAUCAAGGAAAAGUUGUGCUACGUGGCUUUGGACUUUGAGAAUGAGAUGGCCACCGCCGCUUCCUCCUCAUCCCUGGAGAAGAGCUACGAGUUGCCCGACGGUCAGGUCAUCACCAUCGGCAACGAGCGUUUCCGCUGCCCAGAGACACUCUUCCAGCCCUCAUUCAUUGGCAUGGAAUCUGCUGGCAUCCACGAAACCACUUACAACAGCAUCAUGAAGUGUGACAUUGACAUCCGUAAGGACCUGUACGCCAACAACGUGCUGUCCGGCGGCACCACCAUGUACCCUGGUAUCGCAGACCGCAUGCAGAAGGAGAUCACUGCUCUGGCCCCCAGCACCAUGAAGAUUAAGAUCAUCGCCCCCCCUGAGAGGAAGUACUCUGUGUGGAUCGGUGGCUCCAUCCUCGCCUCUCUGUCCACCUUCCAGCAGAUGUGGAUUAGCAAGCAGGAGUAUGAUGAGGCUGGACCCUCCAUCGUCCACAGGAAGUGCUUCUAAGCGCCAGACUGCCCCCGUCCUCACCCUCUGUUACCUCCCUCCUUUCUGUGCCAACAACCCAAGUAAUGGCUCCAAAGCAGGAAUUCGUGUGUUGUCGUCAAAUUCUUUGUUUGUACUCAAGUGCAAUUUAUAUGUGGAUAUGUACAGGUUUUUAAUAAACAAGAACCGGGACUUGCAGGAGA